AUGUUGAUGCAGCCAUCAAAGAGCCUGUCUCCUUUGGAGGCGGAGCGUCUCCAGGAUCCGCCGCAGCUGCCACGCUGCUUCGCAGUUCCCCCGUCGCGGCCCUCGGCUGGUCCUCCCCACCGCGGAGCGUCCCCGACUCGCGGCGCUUCGCACCCUGACAGCUUCUCGAUGUCUCCGGCGCUCCACCCUGCAUCGCCCUUUGUCGAAAUCGCUGCUGAGUUCCUUCACCCCCGACACGCUCACGGCACUUGUCGCGCGCCGCCCCUGCGUCUUGCUUCUGCAUCCGUUCUUCCCUAUUCUCCCUUUGUCGUUGAGGAAGUCCACUUAGAUGUCGAGGUCCUGGGCGAGCGCCAGUCGCUCGGAGACAAGGAGGGGCCUGCCGGGGGGACGAGACACGCCGAAGAUGCAGAAUCCAAUCGGCCGGCACGCGACGCGGAAACCUCGCCUUUUUCAGGAACGAAGGACGGGGAGGAUGAGCUACGAAAUGGGCCUUUGGACGAAGAUGAAGGCGCGCACAAGCGUAAGCCGCCAGUGCGGGAGGAAAGGCCCCAGAGAGAAGAAACGGAGACGCCUCGAGCGUCAUCGCCUCCAUGCGAGGGAGAGCGACCUCGAGUCGAAGCAGCGGAGCUCGCGCGUAGUUUCACUCCUGGCGACGCACAGACAGCCGCUGCGGACGUCCCCCAAGUUCCUCGCUCAGCUCUGCCUUCUUCGCUUUCUUCGCCGGAAACCGACACCGGCUCAGAGAGCCGCUGCUCUGGCGCGGAGAAGCCCUCACAGGGGCCGAGAGCCCUCGCGGGUCCCAGCCAGGGCCGGGAUUCCCCACGGGCUGCUCAGUCUCCUUCGGGCGCCGAACCUCUUUCCUCCCGCUUUGUCGCCGCGCCGGAGAAGCAGGGGAAGAGCCAUGGCCAGCCGCGCCCACGGCAAGAGACAGAGAAAGGCGCGCAAGUCGCAGCGAAGUUGCUGGAUUUCGAUCCGCAAAUCCUGCACCACUUCCCGAUGCUCGCGAAUGCGAAUACCCGCAUCUACCAGUUCGUCCAGCGUAGGUACAUUCGGAAGAUCGACGGCUCGACGUCCGCCUCCCGGGUGUCUCUCGGCGAGAGUGGGGGAUGGUCGCUGCCCGAUACCCAGCCCCAGCCCGCGCGUGGAGGGACGGCGCAGCGACGUUCUGGAAUGGCGCGAUGCAUUCCGAACGCGAUUUCGCUUCCGAAUCUCGCACACGCGGCGACGGUCCUCGCCGCCAUGGGUCUGGAGCAGCUUUCCGGGCCGCCGGAGCCCGUACGCCAGAGCACCGCAGACAGGGGAGACAGUGGAAACAGCGGAGAAGAGGUUGGUGCGCGCACAAUGUGGGCGCAGCGUGGGGUGCCGCCGUCGUCGCCGUCGCAUGGCGAUAGGCACGGCCUAAGGCGAAGUACCACAGGCAACAGAGGCGGAAGUUCUCCACACCCUGGAAGCAAGGUUCGGGAUACAGCUGACGAGAACGAAGUCCGCCUGCGUAGCUUCCCUGGAGGUGGAAACGCGAGAGCAGACGCUACCAGCGACACAGACGCCACAAACAAGGGACUGUCCCCGCACGCGCUCGCGGAGUCGUCGUCCUCCUCUUCGAGACUUUCCACUUCGGAUGCCGCCGCACGCGACGCGGGCGUCCCGGUACGAAGUUCAGGUGGACGAACAGGUCGUGGAGAAACAAGUUCUUCUGGUCGCGCCCGUGGCCGGGAAGACAGGGCGUGCCUGUCUGCGGUGUGUGGCCGAGACAGGCUCCGCCACAUCGACGGCGCAGAGCGAGAGGACCACGUCCCGUUUCCUUCGGCCGCUGGACUGCGGCAGGGGCUCGAGGCCGACGAGGAGUCGCAGCGAAACAGCCCUAAAGACAAGGCGGAAGCACAGGCAGAUGCAGUAGGGGCGACACCGUUCGCCAUGGCGAGCGAGCGGCCGAGCUACGGGAAAGAAGAGCCCUCGCCACCGUCUGCGUCUGCCUCGUUCUUCCCGCAGGUCCCCCCAGCUCGAACCGAGAAGAAGCUUCUGCCUCCCCUGCGGCUCGGAGUCGUCGUGGGAGGCCUGGCGCCCUCGUCGGGCGUGCACAAUGUGAUCGUGGGCCUCUCGCAUUUUCUUCGCGACUUCACGCGGGCCAGCGCCCCAGACUGCGUCUGUCAGCGGGGUCGCCGAAUAAACGACGGGCCGGGAGACGAGGCUGGAGCCUCGCAGAGUGCGCAUUUCGCGCCGUCGCGCAGCAACACUCCCUUUCCCCAAACGCCGACCAUUCGCCAGUCAAUCUCCGAGCCGUCGAACCUCGGCGUUCGCGGCACAGGCGAAGAAGGGACACGCAAGGCGACCGCCAGAGAAGGAAUGCGAGACGAGGCAGAGGCGCGGGAAGCCGACGACGCAAGACCCGCUGGAGUCGGGUCACCUCCCGCGCCUCUGCACGACGCUGGACGCUUUCCGACCUACCACGCAACUUCUUGUGCAUCCACGUUUGCUUCCUCUGGGCGGUUUUCGGCGCAAGGCGAAGAGGCGAAGCGCGUGCGUGACGAGGCCACUGGGCGCACCCCCAGGGGCGAAGGCGAGCCGGACGGCCUGAGUGCGUGUAGCUGCAGCAAAUUGAUUGGUUUUCUCGACGGCGCGCUCGGUCUCGCCAAGGACGACUUCAUUGAGCUCACUCAAGAGACUGUUGCAAGCUACCUGAACAUGGGCGGAUGUGAGUUGCUCGGGUACCGCGCGUUCAAGUCUCUCACGGAUUUCUCCAUCAGCCGAAUUCAGCAGGUGUGCGAGAAGCACGGCCUCCACGGCCUCGUGAUCGUGGGAGGCGCAGAAGACCUCCAGGCCGCGACGCAGCUGGCACAUCGAUUCCUGCAAGAAGGCCUGCGAACGCGCGUCGUCGCGGUGCCUCACAGCGCGCGAGGGGAGUUGCACUGCGAGGAGUUUCUCCCCAUCACGCUCGGGUUCGAUAGCGCCAGAAGCAUGUUGUCCGAGUUCUGUGGAAACAUAGCGCUGGACAGCUCCAGCAGCAAGAAGUACUACCACUUUGUGCGGUGCUCCUCGAGCAACCUCACCCUCGAAUGCGCUCUGCAAACCAGGCCGACAAUGUGCCUAACAGGCCUUGAGUGCGACAUAGAAGGGUGGACGUUAGAGAGAAUCGUUGAGGCCAUUUGCGACGUGAUUGUGAAGAGACGCAAACUUCUGGGAAAGCGAUCCGGCACCAUUCUCCUGUCCGAAGAACUCGUCGAGAAUCUCCCAGAGGCAGGGCGCGCCGACUCGGCGUCUUCCGCGGCGCCCGCCUGGGCGGUCCAGCCGCCGACAGAAGCCUCCCUUUGUGCUCUGCUUCCCGCGCGUCUGGCUCGGGCCUUUCGGCUGCUCCCUGCCUACGCUCGGCGGUCUCUUAUGCUCCAACACGACUGUCGAGGAAGACCCUUACUGCCCGCCAUUGAGGCCGAGGCUUUGCUCGCGCAGCGCGUUGAGAAGGAACUCCGAAAAAGGAAAACUGCAGGGGAUGCGCGCUGCGUGGAGACGUUCACGUACCGUCUGCACUAUCUGGGCCAGGAGGGGCGCUGUCCCCUCCCCACACGCUUCGACUGCAGCUUGGGCUACGCCCUAGGGACUGUCGCAGGGGCCAUCGUCUCCUUUGGGCUGACGGGGUACAUGGCGUGUGUGAGAAACGUCCACCUGCCUCUCGAUCGCUGGGAAGCGUGCGCCCUGCCUCUGGUCUGCUUGUUGAAGCCUUCGCCUCGUCCGCCGUCUCCGGCAUCAUGUGGUCCUGGCGCGUCUUCUGUCCAUCCGGUUCGCGGAGAAGACCGCGAGCGAGGGACCGACUGGAAGAAGCGCCAAGCGAAUCCAGCAGACGCCGAAGCCUCCGGUGGGUCCACACCCGACGCUGGAAACAGUUCUCGCCAGGCAACAGCCCAGCGCGACGAGGAAGGGAGGGCUCCAGAGGGCGAUCUGCACACUUCACCGCAAGGCCACGCUCAACCUCGUGAGGUGUAUGGACACGCGUUUCGCUCCAGAGCCGGAGACCCCGCGGGCCUCGCGCGCGGGACCCACCAGCCGCUGGCAGUCCCGACCAUUCCGCCGUAUCGCCUGGCAGCGGACAGCAACUUGUUUCGCUGCUACAAGCGGGUAAAAAACUCGUGGAAGGUCUACUGUCUGUACAGGAGCCCGGGGCCUGUGAGUUUCGCGCCGACGCCGCGCUUGACUCUGACGCUGUGUCCCGCCUGCCACCGCUACAUGAGUUUCUGUAUCUGCGCGCCUCCGUGUCACUCUGCUUUCCGGCCUUCUCCCGCGCCCCUGUCUCCUGCGCUCGGCGAUUCUUCGGUCCAUGCCGCGGAGGCGCAGUGGCAGUCAGCAGCACGUGGUUCGUCUUCUUCGGCGUCGGGACGAGGCGAAGCCAGCGGCGGAGCGAAAAGGGGACUGCGAGCGGUAGACGGCGCGGACGGAGACGGUGGAGCAGAGACUCUGAGACGAAAAAGACAGGAGCUGAAGGCCACGGAAGUCCAUGACGGGAGUAUUCCCCUGAUGCUCGUUGCCCAGUUUUGCUCGCCUCUAGAAACAUUGUUGCGUGUGCAGCCGUUGAAACUGAAAAGGUCAGAGUUCACGGCCCUGUUUGCCUCGCCGGAGACCGGAGACGCUUCCCCUGUCACUGACGCUUCCCGCGGCCUCCUCCAAAUUGCCGCCGACCCCUGCUUGAGUCGCAACAGGAAUUCCGAGGUGCCCACCGCGUCUUGUGAUCUCCCCAGAGACGCCGGCGGCGCUUUGCCUCAAGCGCCAGCAGGCGAAGAGGAAAGGCCCGAAACGAGGACAGCGGGCGACUCGGCAAGUGAACUGGGGAAACUCUCAGAAGGGGGCCAGGCGGGGCGCUGGCCUCACUCAGGAGACCGAGAAGGUGAGAUGAUGCGGAAAGCGGGAGCGGCGCCGAGCGACGAGGGAACUAGCGACGAUGCUCUUUUAGGGGGUGAAGCAGACUGGAUCGAAGACGCGGGGUCUGACAGUGAAGCGGAGGAUGCAGAGGAGCGGGUGUUUCCCCUGGAACCGCCGACUCUGUUUCUCAACUGCCGGAGACGCUGCCAGCUUUCGUACUUCCAAAUCUGUCGUCUCGACUACAAGCCGAAGCUGCCCGCAGUCUUCUUCAAGCCCUUCACUCUGGCGUGCAUGGAUAUUACUGCAGUUAUUUCCUCGAACCCCGUGCUGCUUCAGCGAAUCUUCCCACUGACCCACAAUCUGCGUGCGAUCGACGUCGUCCCCAUGCAGCAGCUUCUGGACGCGGAUCCGUGGACGCCCGCCCCGCUCCCGCCUUCCAGUUCGCUUCUUCGUUUCUGGCGCUCGCCGGCACCCGCCGUCGAUGGGCGCUCUUCCCCGCCCGCCCUGCCGCCUCCCUGUCUGCCUUACCACCUGAAAAGGGGUGCGAAGCGAGAGAGCACGCGAGCGCAGGAUGCACGCGGCAGGGAGCAGUCGCUAGACAGCCGAGAAGGAGGCGCGAGAGGCGGGGGAACGCCCUGCGCAGACCCAAGCGACGCGCAGGCGCUCGGCGCCCCGGCGUCGACCGCGAGAGUCCUCAGCGGGGGCGCAGAGGCGGCCGAGGCGGGGCAGGGAUGCGGAGACACGCCGGCCGAGCGGGCCCGCGAGACGAAAGAGAGGCAGAGGGGCGAAGGCGGGGAACGUGGCGAUGUGGAGAAGGAAGGAGAGGAGAGGCGAGUGAGAGAAGUGAUGAACUAUGCAUGUCCACCUGGGCAUCCUGACGACGGCAAGCGGGUGUACAGGGGGGAAACGAAGCCUAGAGGGAGCGAAGGCAGGGAGAGACCGCCAACGCACAGUGCCGCCUAUGAACAUCCAGCGAUCUCGCGGCCUGUCUCGCCGUCGCCGGGAGGCAUGGCCGAAGCGCUGAGGUCGGCAGCCACCACGCCGUCGCGAAGAGGAGGCACUUACGAAGGCCCCGGGGAGGGGCUGCGCAGGGGAGAAGGCGAGAAGAAACUCGCCCCGCCUCCGCAGUUUGUGGGCGUCCAUCGCGGCGGCUUGGCGCUGCGAGCUGACGCGAAUCUCGGAGAGGCACUGCAGUUCGACGCCCACGAGACCGCCAAUUCCGCAGCGCCGUUCUUUGCCCCAAGCCCGCUUGACCCUUCACCGGCUUCGCCUUCCUACGCGUCCCUCCCACAUGUCUCCUUGAUGGCGGAGAAGCCCCGCCGCGUGUCUCCCUAUCCGGCUGCUUUCCCUUCUGCAGCAUUCGUGGCGCCCGUGGCUGCGGCCCCUCCGCCGCUCUCGGAGACGCUUGCGGGACUCGAGGGGACUCCGCGGAAGCACGCACAAGCCGGCGAACUCGCGCCUCCCGAGCCGGCCGCAGUCGGGCCUUCAGGCGGGUGGGCCCCGGGGUCUCCUGCGCCCCACGUGGGCGGCUCGGAAGGGAUUGCCACCCUUUUCGCGCGCCCUACGGCGGGGACCAGUGACACGCAGAGGACCGGCGGGCCGCCCGCGAUGGCGCGGAUUAUCUCGCCCUCGUUAGUGGCUGUGUCGGCGGCGGAGGCCUUCGGGCGCCCCGCGCAAACGGCCUUUGACACGCCAAGGAGCGGGCGCGGGCGUGUGGAAGCGGCGGCGCGAGGCGAGGGCGCAGAAGCAAUCGGCCAAGGAGUCUGCGCAGAUGCGAGGGGAGCAAAUCGCGACACUACUGCGAGAGGAGACGGAAGACCACAACCCGGUUCUUGGAAAGUCGAAGGAGGCCCGAACCGAGACUCUGGAACGAGGCAUCUCCGAUUGCACCCUUUGGGGAUUGUUCGUGUCGCCUCCGCUCCGCAGAGAGAGUUCCCCAAAGUGGAGGACGAAGACACGUUCCAGCCUUCGCAUUUCGUCGCCUCUCACUCAACAGGCCACCCUCCUCUAGGGCUCCGACCGGGUCCCCACAGUGGCAGGAACUCCAGGGAAGGAAGCCUUGUGGCCCCUGGCGUCGGGGCUCGGUCCCCGCCCGACCGGUCUCCAGUCGCGCCCGAUGGAGCCCAACGGCCCCAGUCACGGGCCUCUCUGGGGCCUUCGCUCCUCAGCAGCGACAGGGCACUGGGCCCCCGAGAGACGCAUGCGCCCGGGGGACCUGCUGGCGCAGACAACGUAAGAAGCCGGUCCGAUCCUUCUCAGACAGCGAGUGCGCUCGCGAGUCCAGAGCCCUCCCGCCGUCUUCUCAAACCACCCGACAGAGGAAGAGGCGCCGACACUUCUCCCGGAGCAGAGAGGCGGGUGGGCGACAGCGCGGGAGACAGACCCACGAGGAGAGCGGUAGAGGGAGAAGGGGGAACGACGGCACUUGCGUCUGUGAGAGUCCAGUCUUCUGCGUUUGUCGCGUGUCUGUUGAGAGGCGACGAGGAUCAGAGAGAGGGGCGAAGCUCCGCGUCAAGCGCCACAGCGUCUGGUGUCGUGAGACGAAACACGCUGAUCGAUAUCCGCAGCUCGGCCUCGCCUGUCGUGAUGCUCCGCUACGAGUCUGGGCGAGCCGAGAGUCUCAGGCUGGAGAGGGGCGGGAGCGGCAGGACGCGGUUCUCGUUCGAUUGCUGUGAGGCGCGACGGGCGCCAACAGAGGAACGCUGGAGAAGCCUGUCGCCUUCCCACGGUGAAGGUCCACCAGCUGGAGACGCCUCGGCGGUGCCUCCUCUCACGCGCGAUGAAGGCGCCGCGCGAGCGUCUUUGUCGCGCGCGGGCCUGAGCACGAAAGGCAAAAGGCGAGUCUCUCCGGCUUCCCUGUAUUUCUCUUCGCCUUCUUUCAGUUCUUCCUCCCUGGGUGCAUCCGCGCAGAUGCGAGGGGGCGAGGAGGGCAAACUCGAAGCUGCGAACCAAGAAGGCCUCCGCGAAGGGGAAGGUGGAAGCGAGAGAGAACAAGCAGAAAUGCGAGACGGCAGGAGCGAGGGAGAAGAAGGCCCGCCGCCCUCUCGGGGAGUGAAGCGAGAACCCCAGCUAACGGCGAAGGCCAACGAGGGGCACAUCGAGCCUAAACUCUGCCUGAGUAGAAAAUCCUCGCGCGUCAAUCUCGUCGAGAGUCAAGAGCCUCUGAGGAUCGCUGUAUGCUUCUUCGGGCGGCAAGCGCCUGGGGGCCUGAACGCAGUCAUGGGGGUUUUGGAGUACUUGGAGAAUUUGGCGCCCAAGGGCGUCUGCAUCGGAAUUCUCGGAGGCAUUUUGGGCCUUGUUCACGGCUGGUACACGAUCGUCGACAAGCAGUCUUUCUCGCUCUUUCGAAAUCAAGGCGGCCUCGAUCUCUUGUGCAGGACGACGGAGCAUUUCAGCAACGAGUUCGAGCUUCAACAGUGCAUCAAAACCAUCAAGGCGCUCCGCCUCGAUGGGCUCGUCGUCCUCGGCGGCACCAGCGCUGUCAGCGACGCAGCGAUUCUCACUGAGUACCUUCUCGACGCAGACACGCAAACGUGUGUAGUCGGUGUCCCCAUGACUGUCGACAACGGCAUGCCUUUCAUUGAAGCGUGCCUCGGCCACGACACGGUCUGCCGCGUCUUCAACAGCAUCAUUGGGAGUUUGAUGCGAGAGAGCCGGAGCUCGAAAUGCUGGUACUUCAUCCGCGUUUCCGGCAAGUGUCUUUCCCACUUAGCCGCCGAAUGCGCUCUCGACACCCACCCGAACCUCGUCCUGAUCAACGAAGAAAUCGAACAGAAGCGGAUGGGGGCGAUGGCGUUAACGAAUUUGAUCAGCGACAUCGUGGAGACGCGUGCCGGCCUAGGUCUGCACUACGGAACUGUGCUUCUCCCUGACUCACUCCUGGCGCAUUUGCCCGAAAUGCACAUGCUGAUUAACGAAGUGGACGCAUGCUUUGAAAGUGGCUUUUACGCUCAAACGGAAGAAGGCCUCGAACUCUUGCGGGCGCGCCUGACGCCGUGGAGCGCCGCGCUCUUUAGCAGCCUUCCAAAGGGGAUCCAAUGGCAACUCGCCUUCAACAAAGAUCAAACUUACCGGGUGGACCUUACGGCUAUUGACACAGAAGUGCUUUUGAAGAGGCUCGUUGAGAGAGAGCUCGCGAGACGCAAGAGCAUCGGCGCCUUCCGGAAGGGACAGUUUCUCUGCAAAACGCACUUCCUCGCGUACCAGGGCCGAUCUGCAGCUCCCACGAACUUCGACGCCGACCUCGGGUUUUCGUACGGCUACACAGCUGCGGUGUUGGUGGAUGGCGGCUGCACUGGCUACAUGGCGCAGAUCAGCAACUUGGUGCGCGAUCCCUCCGAGUGGUCCGUCAGUGCCGUGCCGUUCACCUGCUUGGUGGAUGUUCAGCCGGUGAAACCGAGUGUGACGCACCCGUGCGACAAGUCCUCGCACGUGCGCCAGCCCCCACGCCACGGCUACCACGUUUGGUCUUCCAGGGCUACAAAUCAUGCGCCUCACUCUUCCGGGCAUGUGCCAGGUCGACCCGUGCCUUCGGCGGCUUCUCACACGUCUGAGGACUCGAAACGCGAGCGAGACGCCCCCCCCCGCGCUGCUUCGUCCUCGGCAGGGUCGGCUGUCGUCCUCAUGUUUCGCGUGGAAGUUCCUCUUCAAAAGUUGUCUCUUCAGGGGGCCAUGUUUCGGACUCUCGCCCUCUCGCGAGCGGAGUGGGCCCUCGGCGACUGCUUCUCCAGUCCUGGGCCAGUGCAGUAUGAAGGCGCCGCGAGUCGUGUGCGCCUCAACUCGCUUCGCCUGCCGUCGACAGAUCCCACAGUGAAACUAAAGAAAAUCUCCCAACUUUGCAGCCAGGUGAAAAGUUUGUGCAGUGUGAUGGCGACACCGCCCGUGUUGAAGACGGCCGAGUCUUCUCUUUACAGUCUCGUGGAGGUGCUCUCCACGCUGUCAAGGAGUGAACGCAAUCAAGACCUACAGUUCUACGAUAUUUCCCACGUCCUGGCGCAGCGCUUCACAACGAAGGCUUGGUUGUCCGCAGCAGACUCGCUUCCACUGUCGAGUCUCCCCUCGGCCUUUUCCUCGCUUCCCGAGCCGGGACUUGCAGAGCCUCAGUGGGGGGCGGGUGGACCGGGAAACAGUUGUUUCCUCUCUCCUUCCUACGCGGGGCGAGGCCCGAAGCCGUGGGCACGUGGGGACUUCGCAUCCAGUCCCCUGCCUGCUCAGUUCAGGUUGUGCGAAACUGACGAGCGACAGACAGAGGCAGGCCGAGAGCGGGAACCUGGCAACGAGGCGCGCCGGACGCGAGACUCCGACCCAGAGAAGAACGGAGACAUUACAGGAAACAGAUCCGGUUCUCUGGUGGCUUUCCAGGCUCUCACGGCUCGGCCUUAUCGCACUGGCCGCGGCGGGAGACGCGAGUGGGGCGACGGAGAGAGCGACACGAUGCCGCGAGGAAACGAGGAAGCCGGCCAGGCAUUUGCGCAGGACGCGACAGAGGCAGGAGGCGGGGACGGAAUCGGCACGGAGCGCUCAGGCCCGAGAGAAGAGGAAAUAGAAACGCUGUGGAGCGGCGAGGGCCACGCAGCGACGAAACGUCUGCCGAGUUUUUCUCUCGUCUGUCUAAAUAAGGCCUCGAGCAACUACGCUGUCCAGCACUUUCAGGAACGGCGCUGA